AUGGGAAUACUCUAUGGGCCAACAAGAUGCACCAUGAAUGUCCAUUUAUUGCAACAUUUAGCUUAUUAUGUUUCACGUCGAGGACCUCUAUGGGCAUACAGUUGCUUUGUCAUUGAAAGCAUGAAUGCUUUUAUCAAACCACUAGUUCAUGGAACGCAUCAAGCUAUGGAGCAAAUUGGAUGUGCAAUUGGUCUUUGCUUCAGCCUUUCUAAUUUUACGAAAAAGAUUCUACAGCACAAUGACAUUCCUAGGGACAGCAAAAUGUUGUUGCAAAGUCUUACUGGUUAUUCUAAGAGUUCUAACAAAGUGUCUGCUAAAGCAUAGUUAGUAGCUAAAGUACAUGGGGGUUACUUAAGUGGAAAAGAAAGAAGAAAGUUGAUUGACAACAACAUCCUGACCUUGGUACGGAUCUUUGUAAUGGCAAACAAGUUACCCGCAUAUUAUGAACUUGAACCAUAUUGCAGAUUUGAGAGUGAUGACGGACAAAAGUUUUUUUCUUUGGGCAUGAAAACAUGCAAAACCGGCUCAACUGUAAUUGAAUAUUUUGACAGAAACAAUACGCUUUGUUAUGGCAGAGUCACACACUUUUUAAAGAUACACGAUUUUGGACUUUGUGUUGUCAAUGAACUGGAAGAAAACUCUGAACCAUUACUAUUUUUUAAUGAACGUAACUGCACUGAAACCCUACAGUCUUUAACUGAUGAUAAGCAGAACAAAGAUAUCGUACGUGACAUUUUGAGAAAGUAUCGCAAUAGAUGCCUUUUGAAACAUCACGUGCACCUCAAACCAAGGUCCGGAAGGGCAUUUGUGAUAUCUGUUCAGCAGAUAAGACGUAAAUGUGUCUUUAUUGAUAUUCUUCCCAACAAUGCGUUGAUGACUUUCCCAAUGUAA